GACGCAACCUAAAAAAAGAUAUCAUUUUUGUCAAAAAUCCAUAUUGAAAGUUAUGAUCAAAUGAUAUUUAAACUAAAAAAAGAAAUAAACAAAAAGAGUAGAGCUGUUUUGGGGUGAAUGAGCGGMAUGAUGGAGGCAAGAGAASUGGACGAAGCAGUGAAGGUGUUAGAUUCUUCUCUUCGUCAAAUCAAAUGGCGUCUCAAAUUCCCAGCGAAGCGUCGCCUUGAAAUAGAUGUCUUAGCUUUGUGUACAGGAAKRAGACCAGUUGUAAUGAUAGACUAUGGCGGAAAGAUGCCUGAACUGCAAGAGCGGCUUUGUGCUCUUCUAAAACUGAUGCAAAAGGAAUUACAUAUAUUUGAGCAUCUUAAGGUAAUGGUCAUAGAGGAUAUGAUAUAUCUGAUACAUGUGCAAGGRCUCGCUGAGCACAUUCAAUCAAGUUUAAAUUCCAAAACAGCACUGCUCCUGGUUGAUAUUGCAAAGGAUCCCCCCGAGGUUCACAAUCCUGAAAGAAGCCCACUGGGUUUGCAGCUUAAAUCAGUUCAAAAGUUGUUCUCAUCUUUAUUUUCUCUAGAUGAAAUGGAAAAUGAUCCAUCGCCGUCUAUUGGGGGAAACUGCAUAACGUGUACCAGAUCUUCUUUUCACAAGAUUAGUUCUCGGUCUUCUGUCAUUGAUCUUAGCAACUUUUUGGAACAUACUGAAAUCACGCUGCCAACUUUAAAUGGAUGGCUUCUUGGCUAUCCAAUUGURUACCUAUUUGACAAGGAGCACAUCUCUGAGGCUACUUACAAUCUUUCUGCUAAGCCUCUUCACAUCUUCAGUUUAUCAGUAAGCAGGAAAGGUGCGUCCACAAAGGGAUCUCAGCUUGAAGAACUGCUGAGUUUCACAGUGCCUUAUGAAGUGAGCAUGGGAGGGGCAAAGGAGGCUUGGGCAGAGGCUUUUUUGGGAAAUAUGCAGCGAAAAUGGGAGAGAUGCAGCCAUGUAUGGGGUUCGCUGAGGAUKAACGUUACUGAAUGUGAUGCACAGGCCAUUGUCCUGUAAAUUCUAAAUUCUAAAUUCUAAUCAAUUUGUUGCUCACAACGUUUUAAUGGGUCAAUUUUCU